UUUUUAAUAAAAAAUGGUUCUUUCUCGUUCUUUUAAUUUAUUUUCGUAAAAAGACGAAUCCGGUAUGCAGAGGCGUGGUUUUCCUACAAAAUGACCGUAUUUGAUAAAUCGCCAUAAAAAAGUUAAUCAUUCAUAGCAAUCCUAUUCAAAUUGGAUUGCUUUUUUAUCAGUCUCUCAUAUUUUACGUAAACAUAACCUAAAAUAUUUAGUCGGCCAACAUGGGGAAAGUGAUGUCAACAAUCAAAAACCCGUUGAGAAAUUUCAACGUGGAAAGUAGAGCACACAAAGUGAUUUCCCAGCCGAAACCCAAGCCGGCACCUAAACACAAAGCCGACGAAAUUAGUUUAGAUCGAUUGAUGAAAGAAUAUCCGGACGUGUAUCAGGAGAGUUUAAAGAAACACGCAAAUUUAGACAAGCAUUUAAAAGAUGUGUAUGUAAUUUCCCAACAUGAAAAUCCUAAAGUGCCAGAGAAUCCAGAGAGGCCUCUGCCUCAAUACAGGGGCGCCGUGGAACCGGGGGAGUUCGGAUUCACUGAGCCCACUAGAGUUCCACUAGGGAAAAUAACAUUACGUAAUGCCCUUCAAUUCAUUACCAAUCAUCAGGCAGACCCACAGAGUGUUACAGCCAAAACUAUUGCAACAGAGCACUCAUUGUCUGAAGAAACUGUCAAAAACGUAUUGAAAUACUUUAGAGUAUUAGAAAUGUAUAUUCCUGAAGUUAGGAAUCCAAAAGCAAAAUUUGCUGGACCUGGUAAACCUACAAUAUCUAUUAUAAAAGAGAUAAGAAAAGAAAUUGGACCAGGACCUGAAAAGAAAGAUAGUUGAGAUUAUUGUUAUUGUUGAUUAGUUUAGUGUGUAAAUAAAAACGUAAUUUUAAUUUAAA